AAGUGAUUGUGCUGGGGAGAUGAUUGUUGAAGGAUUGAUUGUUAGAGAGUUGUGUCGAAGUGAGUGUGUUGAAAAAGGAAUUAUCAGUGGAUAUGCCGACUUACUACAAGCUGAUCCCAUCCCUAACUAG